AUGGCAUCUAAGAUUCUGAAAACGACUACCGGCCUGACCGGCCUAAACGUCUCCCGAAACCCGCACCACUACCUGAAAAUCGUUUACAAUCGCAUCCUUAGGGGAAUUCAGGAAAUUCCGGAAGAAGCCGCGUACCGAAAAAGCGUUGAGCGCAUCGUCGGCGAACGACUUCGACUCGUAGAAACGGAACCAGACCCUAUCAAACUUGAGGAGAAGAUCGGCAUGGGACAACUGGAGGAGGUGAUCACUCAGUUUGAUCUAUCAUUUCUAAAAUCAUUGUUCUUUGCUGAUAUCAGUCUUGCUAAAUUUCAGGCAGAAGCCGAACUGGGCUUAGUGAGGACUAUGCUCAAAUACAAGUGCUGGGAGCCACUGGUAGGGAAACCUCAACCUGACCAGUGGAAAUGGCCCGUCUGA